AUGGAAAAUCAUAACGCCAAAUUGAGCUCUGGCGGUGGACUCAAACCCAACAACAAUAACAGCAUCAACGAACAAGAACAAAACCCCAAUUUGAAUCAAUGCGAAGAACAAGAACAAGAAGUAACUACUGAGUCCUCGCAAUUGGUGGACCCUCCCUCACCUCCUGUUCCGCAGUCUUCAAGAACUCCCUUUACUAAUCUCAGUCAGGUCGAUGCUGACCUAGCCCUUGCUCGAACCCUCCAAGAACAGGAAAGGGCAUACAUGAUGCUACGAAUGAACAAUGAAGAUAGUGAUUAUGGAAGUUGGGAAGCUGGAAGUUAUGUGCAUGAGGAUGAGGAUGAUUUUAAUGAUUUUCAUGACGAUACUGAUGAUAACGAUGAUGAGGAGCAAUAUGAUGGAACUGAGGUUGACAAUGAUGAAGAUGCGUUUGAUGUGCAUGCUCAUGAUGAUGCUGGAGAGGAUGAUAACCCCAGAGUUGAAUAUGACCCGGCUGUUUUUUCAAGUGAUGAGGCCUAUGCAAGAGCCCUGCAGGAUGCUGAAGAUAGAGAGAUGGCUGCUAGACUGAUGGCUCUUGCUGGGAUUAAUGACCGCGAAGUUGAGCACACAGAGGAACAUGGAGGUAACUCUCAGGAUACAUGGGAGGAGGUUGACCCAGAUGAACUUUCAUAUGAGGAGUUAAUUGCAUUGGGUGAAGUUGUUGGAACUGAGAGCAGAGGGCUUUCGGCUGAUACCAUUGCCUCAUUGCCUUCAGUGAGCUACAAGACAGGAAGUGGUCAGAAUGGAAGCAAUGAGUCGUGUGUUAUUUGUCGGUUGGAUUAUGAGGCUGGUGAGAACUUGACAAUACUAUCUUGCAAACAUUCCUAUCAUUCUGAGUGCAUAAAUAAUUGGUUGACAAUAAACAAGUUGGUAACAGUUGUAGCUAUUUGUUUCAAAUCCUUUGUGGCUGGUUUUAACAUAUAA